GUACGUUUCCUGUCACUGCAGUCGUUUGUUAUUUCGGUGGGUUUGUUUUUGUUAAACAGCGCCUCUUUGUGGACAAAAGGAGACUCUAAAACUGUGACAGUGAAGUAAAUCUUGGACGUUUAUUCCGCAGGUGUCAUAAUGUGAGGCGGACAGCGGUUGUAGACGCCGUGUAGUUGUAAUUGUUUGCGUAUAAUAAGGCUGUGUGGCCCGGUUUGACGCUAGCCGCUGAUAAUGUGAUGCUAACUGACAGCAGCAUGGAGCGAGUGCGCAGAUGAGGAAAAACGCCAGCUCAUUUUCUUAUUUUAGAGUCCAUGCUAGCCGAACGAGCAGCAGUACUGGGCCUGACUUUAAUAACUGCGGCCAAAGCGAUGACGACGUCACCCUCCGAGCUCCGGGGGCUGCACGCCUCGGCAAGCCGGGAUGCGCUGUCGGGAACCCCGCUGCAAAAGCUGCAGAGGCUGCCCGCGGUGCCCGGGAACCUCCCCAACCGAGUGAACGACCUGCUGCUCCUGCGGCCUGACCCGGAGGAGCAGGAGAAGAGCAACAACCGGCACGUGGUGUUUUUCCACGGGGAUAUUCAGAACUUCCAGGAGGAGAUGGCACUGCAGCCUGAGGGUGCCCAGUGGCUCUCCUGGAGCCUGGAGAGGGUCGCCUUCACUCUGGGCCACCGUUUCCCUGAUAGACACGUGUGGGUGGUGAGAGCCUCGCGCAUGUACCUGCACAAGUUCAGCUGCUACCAUAACUUUGUGGAGAGCAACAUGUUCGGGGCUCCGGAGCACUCGCCGUACUCUGCUGACUCUGGAGCGUUUCACCACCUCAGGGCCCUGCUGAGCCACGGCAUGGAGCGAGCCAGCCUGCCAGACCCACUCCAACCACAAGGCGGCGCUGACAGCAUCCCCUCAGGCUUCUCCCUGACCCUGGUGGGCUUCAGCAAAGGCUGCGUGGUCCUUAACCAGAUGGUGUACGAGCUGCCCGGGGCCCGUGCUGACCCGCAGAUGUCACCCUUCGUCAAGCACAUCUCUGACAUGUUCUGGCUGGAUGGUGGCCACCCGGGGGGCAGUGAGACCUGGGUGACGGACAAGCAGGUCCUGAAGGAGCUGGCCGCCAGCGGCGUGUCUGUCCAUGCCCACGUGACCCCUUACGAGGUGUGCGACCCGAUGCGGGCCUGGGUGGGCCGCGAGCACGGACACUUCAUCAAAACUCUGGAGGAGUUCGGGGCGUGUCCAAGCAAGAAGCUGCACUUCAAGGACGAGCCGCCCUCCAUCGAGAACCACUUCAGGGUCAUCCAGGAGUUUUGAGCGCUUUAUGUGAUCUUUGUGUCUUAUUGCUGGUCUUACCUCAGACCUUCAGAUUUAAGGGCUCAGAUGAGUCGGAUGCUGGUUUGUUAAACGCGCUAACCCUGAGGUGGGAUGAGCUUUCCUCUGUUCUCCACUGUCUUCCUCUGAAAGUCCUUCAGGCUAAAUGAACGCUUUUCCAUUUGCUCAGACUUUAUGUUGCUGCCGAGCUGCUGGUUAAUAUCCGGUUAGUUUCUCUAACUCAACUUGUUUGCGUGUUUAGCUGCAGCAGAAAAGCUUCUUACAUUCUUUCUAUACCUGCACUAGCGUUGAGCUAAUUUUAGACACAUGAAUGUUUGAGAAUCCGGUCUCACCUCUGAGUCCGGGUGGACGUCAUCAGCGGGAAUAUCUGCUGAUUGUGUUUUAACUGUAAUGAAAUAAUAAGCAGACACUUAAAGUGUUUGAGUUCAUUCCUUCAGUUUGAUGCUGAUGGUGGAUUUCCACCAAUGACGAGUCAGAAAAAGGACAAAAAAGCAGUUUAGAUUUAUAUUUUUAAGAUAAGACACUGCAGGCUAACAGAACUGUUCACGUUUUGAAGCCAUUGAAGUUCCAAAACCGAACUUAAAAAUAAAAAAAUCUUAAUUAAGAUUAAUUAUCUUGCAACGAGUUAUGUGUGUAAAUUGCAGACUGUUUAAAAAAAAAAAGUGCCUGCAGCGUCUCCUCUUAAAUCGCUGCAGUACGUUUUAUUCUGACACACAGUCACUUCAAGGUGUGUUCACUACGUAUUCUGGAGCCGUCACAUUUCACAUGGUCUUCAUCAGCACAGGAUGUUCUGCUGAUGAAGACCAUGGGGCUCAUAGGUCAGCUCUGUCAUCACGUUUGGAAAUCAGCUUUUAAACUCGGUACAACUAUAACAACAACAACCAAAAACUUUCACAUUUUACUGUAAAUGUUUUUAAAAUAUCAGAUUUUAUGUUUUCCUGGAGAAAAAAAAUGUCCAUCUGCACAGAUUUGUUUUUUGUUUUCAGUAAAAUGCAAUAAUAAGAAGGUACACUCAGGUGCUUUAGUAUUUGGGCAGCGGGGCAGUUUUAGUUUUUUGCUUUGGUUAAAUCUGAAUCACACCAUGUGAUUAAUCUGUAGAUGACAGUUGGGUGCUUCUCUUCUGGCCUGAAUUGCUUUGGGGUGAGCUGUACAGAUGUCUGUCUUCUUUUAAAUAUUAUGGAACUCUAUAAAUCACCUAUCAUAUUUUUGGAUCUUUGAGUAGGUGGGUCGUGACUCCUCCUUUCAGAGAGGGUGUGUGGGAGUUCUCCACAACAAUCUACAUGUGUUUUGUGGACUUUCGGAAGGUUUGGCUGGGGUGACCUUUAGGGGGUGUUCCUGGACUCCGGGAUAUCAGGCACGCUGUUAAAAGCACUUUGGAGCCUGCAGCUGCAGCGAGAGCUUGGUUCACUUCUCCAUCAAUAAGCCAGACUCCCUCAGGGUUGACCUUUGACACUGAUUCUGUUUACAGCUUUCAUGAAUAGAAUAUCAAAACAGAGGCUGUGGGGUUUGGUGCUGUGGAUGCUGUACUGAUCUGUUUUUUGUGACGAGCGAGCUGAUGAGGUACACCUACAUCCACAAGCUGUGGAUGCUGACUGAAAGGCGUCCAGGACACCAGAGGUGGAAAUGAGCUUCCUCUGAAGGCUUUGGGCUUUUGGGGGUGUCUGAGUAGAGCAGCUGCUUUGCCACAUUUAAAGGCAUUGGUUGAGGCGUCAUGGAUGUCCUGGAUAACUUUGAGGCCCACGACUGCUUGGAUAGAUCAUGUCUGCUGGCUUGGGUGGUACAGCGAGGAUGUGUGGCCUUGGUGUCUCUGUUUAGGUCACUGCUCCUGUGACUUAGACCCAAAGAACUGGUAGAAACUGGAUAAGUCUAAUUAGCGGAAACAGAUGUUGCUGUUGGUUGUUUCAAACACUAGAAGGCGAGUGCCAUCUAGUUCUGUAGAUAUUUAGGUGAAGGUGGACAUCUUUACAGCUAAUAUCUCCAAAACCAUAUAUGGACCCCCUGUCCAGAUACUUUUGGACCUGAAUGUAUUUCAUGGUGGCAGAUGUGAUGUGUUUUUUUGACACUUGGUGGGGAGAAGGACAACAAAAAAUCUAUAAACCUGCUUGCUGUGUCCAAUUAAUGAAGUGGAUUAUUCCUGUAGGACUUCUGGUAGCUGGCAGGGCAGCAUGCACUGUACAUCCAUCUGUAUGAGCUUAAAUAGCAUCUUUGCACUUUGCUGAUGGCUGCGAGUUGUUCUGCUGAAUGUAACUUCAGAUGCAUUCCAUUGUUUACUACUCGCUGUAUGUUGUGCUGUUUUAAAAAAAAAAAAAAACCCAGAGAGGCCAAAGGAAGAGUGGAUUUGACCUUUUAUUAAAGGAGAUUUAUUCA